UAUUGUGAAUACAUUGAUAUAAACGCCCAUUUCUCAUAAUACGUGCCAAGUUCUUACUUUUGUUAUCAGGCUUAAGUACUGUGUAGGAAUGCGACCUCCGAAGUUCUCGGAUUGUUUUCAAGUUGUGAAACUAAAAUAGUUCCUUAGGAUAUUCCGAAGUCUCUCGUUGACUGCCACGGCGAUUUAAAAAUAUCUUUGAGCUACCUAUAAAGUACAAAUCAAUAAACUGCUACUGCCGCUGUCCUAGUGAGGAAGGACUGAAGAUUUAAUAUGAGGUGGUUUUGCUGCUCUUCAUGUGGAGCACACAGGCAGAGGACAUCCUGACACCAAGUGUAGACAUUAUUGGGGAACUGCGGAAGAUAAAAAUUAUUGAGGACAAGAUGAAAAAAAUGGAGAGUGAAAUCAAAGACCUCAAGUUUUCAAACACAGAACAGCCAAAAGUUGCCUUCUCAGCCACCUUGGCAGAUACUGAUUUUUUUGCAGUCAUGGGGCCAUACCAAAAAGAUACUACGCUGGUUUUUGAAAAUGUUUUAACAAAUAUUGGCAAUGCAUAUGACUCACAAACAGGUAUUUUCACUGCACCGAAGAGAGGAGUCUAUUACUUCAGCUAUGUGACCUUGUGCCCAAAAUCAAUGCGACAGGGAACUUCAGUUUCAUUGUUAAAAAAUGGAGUGCCAGUGGUCUCUGCAUCUGCACAAUUUGAUAUUCCUAAAUUAGAGAUAGAUCAAUCUUCAGGUAAUUCAGCUUCCCUCCUACUGGAAAAGGGAGAUCUGGUCUACUUGCAACUUUCAUCUGAUCGUAUAAUCUACACAGACGUGCAUAAACGAGACAGUUUCAGUGGACAUCUACUGUUCACAAUGUGAACUUUACUGUGACUCUACCAUUGUUUAAUGUUUGUGAUAUUGCAUACAUGUGUUACUAGUGUACUUUGUAAACUGUAAUGUGUGUGCAUAAAACUCAAAUAAAUGUGCAUUAUAUUUUA